CGGAGCCCCACCGCCUCAACGCGCCGCAGCAUCAGGACCAUCAAGGACAACAAUGAACGCAUCCACGCGUUAGUCUCGCGCUAUUCGAGUCCCCAGCUAUGAAUCAUGUAUGUGAUAUUAGUCUCAAGUGUGCUGUGCGUCUUCGCGUCCUGCGUCGAGCCGUCAGCCGUGUUGGAGAGCGAGCAGCAGGAUGAUACCGCAGCCCGGCAGACGCACAAUGGCAGCCGACUGCAAGAGCAAACGCUCACUUACCCCUCACGCCUCAUCUACUACCUGAACGAAGCUUCGGAGAGCACCUUCCAUGACCUGAACACCCGUGCUAAGACCCCUGACCCAAACGGACAGGAGGUCCACCUCGCUCAGGCUUCAUUUCAACUUCAGGCCUUUGGAACGCAAUUCAUUUUGGACCUGACAUUGAACAAUGACCUGCUGUCAUCAGAUUAUGUGGAGAUUUAUUAUGAGGGAGGGAAGCCCGUCCAAUUGAAGGGUGGAGAACACUGUUAUUAUCAUGGCCAGAUCAGAGGCAACGAGGAAUCUACCGUGGCUUUAUCCACCUGUAAUGGUCUACAUGGCAUGUUUGAUGAUGGAAUCCAUAUGUACACGAUUGAGCCCCUUAAACAGACUCACUCUAUCGAGGGAAUGGCCAGACCACACGUGUUACACAGGACACCCGUCCCACAACAGAGCCCAGCUACAGGAGAGGACGGCGCGGGGGACGAGUCGUCACAUCCAGAGGAUUUGUCCUGGCUCCGGCGGAGGAAAAAGCGAGCCAUUCCCAGGAACGUGUUUGAGGAAAUGAAGUAUCUAGAACUGAUGAUCAUCAUUGACCACAAAAUGUUUAAGAGACAGAAGACCAAGCAGCACUCGCAGAAUUUCGCCAAGUCUGUGGUCAACCUGGUGGAUGCUAUUUUUAAGGAGCAACUGAACACGCGUGUGGUCCUGGUGGCGGUGGAGAUCUGGACAGACCGAGAUCACAUUCCCAUCAGUGUCAUUCCAUUUGACAUGCUGCGGGACUUUUCCAAAUACAGACAGCAACACAUCCGACAGCACGCUGAUGCCGUUCAUCUGUUCUCUAAUGUGACAUUUCACUAUCCACGGAGCAGCGCAGCGUACUUCGGAGGAAUGUGUUCUGUGAGUCAUGGGGUUGGAGUGAAUGAGUACGGCUCGACGUGGACAAUGGCGCUCCUGCUGUCUCAGAGUUUAGCUCAGAGUCUUGGCAUUCAGUGGGACACAGCAUCAAAGAGAAACGAGUGCGGCUGUAUAAACUUCUGGCUGGGCUGCAUCAUGGAAGACUCUGGGGUACAGCACCCGCGGGUCUUCUCAAAGUGCAGCAUCUCUGAUUUUAAAGAGUUUCUGUUGAAGGGAGGAGGAUCCUGUCUCUUUAAUAAGCCUAGCAAGCUCUUUGAAUCAACGGAGUGUGGAAACGGAUAUGUGGAGGUGGGAGAAGAGUGUGACUGUGGACCGAGUGAUGAUUGUGUAAGAGAGUGCUGUAAGAAGUGUUCUCUAUCGAACGGAGCACACUGUAGUGAUGGACCGUGCUGUAAUAACACAUGUCUGUUCUAUCCGCGGGGUUACACCUGUCGCUAUGCAGUGAAUGACUGUGACAUAUCAGAGACAUGUUCUGGAGACUCCGGACAGUGUCCUCCUAAUCUACACAAACAGGACGGUUACUUCUGCUCCCUCAACGAGGGCCGCUGUUACGCUGGAGAAUGCAAGAUGAGAGACAGUCAGUGUAAAUAUGUGUGGGGUACAAAGGCUGAGAGCGCUGAGAAGUUCUGUUAUGAAAAGCUGAACACAGAAGGCUCAGAGAAGGGCAACUGUGGUCAGGAUGGAGAGAAAUGGAUCCAGUGCAGUAAGCAUGACGUGUUUUGUGGGUGUCUGUUGUGCACUAACACCGGCCCAUUCCCUCGCAUUGGGAUCCUGAAAGGAGAGGUCACACCCACAAACUUUAACCAUCAGGGCAGACUGAUCGACUGCAGCGGCGGUCACGUGUUGCUAGAUGAUCAGACUGAUCUGGGUUAUGUAGAGGAUGGGACUCCUUGCGGUCCGUCCAUGAUGUGUCUGGACAGAAAGUGUCUUUCCAUUCCGUCUCUGAACCUGAGCUCCUGUCCCACUGGACCCAAUGGACACGUCUGUUCCAGUUACGGGGUGUGCAAUAACGAGGCCUCAUGUACAUGUGACACAACAUGGGCGGGGACCGACUGCAGCAUACCCGACCCUCCAAAAGAACCAGAAUCCAACGAGGACGAGGGGCCGAAGGUAUGUGCAGACUCACAGACAGGCGAAUGAGCAUCCGCUCCAUCACACCACUGAUAUCUGAUCCACUCACUCAGCUGUGUGAUCUGAUCGGUAACCACAUUUUUGUGACGGGGUGGUUUUAAAGAAGGAUCUUGAAGUUCACAUUCUGCAGGUCGAUAAUGAUUUUUAAGCCUUUUGUUUCAAAUUACUGUCAGUGUGAAGCCCUUCAGAUGUUCCAUCAGUAGAUCACAUACAUCUUUUUCUUCUUCUUUAGUUCAUCUCCGGCCUGCCGGUCUGUAGCUCUCUACAUGUCCUCAUCUGCUGAUGAAAAGCAUGGCACAGUGUUGUUCACUGUAGUGAAGACCUGCUUCAGUUCUACAAUCUCUAGAAUAUUUGCCAUGUGAAUGCACUACAGAUCAUAUAAAGUCAAAUGCUUUUCAAACGGACCCUGUGGAACUGAAGCGGAGUUGUAGUAACGGUGCAUUUCAUUCUAAAAAAAAAAACAUUAAUGUUGUGUUUGCCAAUAACAUUUUCCUUCCUCCCUGCCUCAUCUCAAGAAACGUGAAACGGCGAGGAUACAAUCCGAGUGCUGGUGGCAUCUAGACGACGAGAGGAAGCGCUGAUCUCCAGAGCUUCUGAAAUCAGCCGGCCUUCUGUUUUUGCUGCUAUUUUCAGGCAUCAGUUAUACAUGAAAGUAUUAGACGUUAUAGUCAAGAAUUCAACUAUACCUUAGUUACGUAGCCACUCCUCCUUUUAUAAUCCCCGCCUACUCUGGCGGCUUUUUAAUCACAUCCCACUGAAGAGCCAAUCAGAUCGUCUUUCUAUCUUGUAUCUUACAGAAGCAUGACGUCACAAAAUAGCUUGGCUCCGUGAUCGAAGGUUUUGCAUGGCUAAGCUGAUCCCAAUAUCCAACCUACGAGGAAAUGACCCCUGUUGCUACUACUAAAACAUGAUUCCAAACAUGAUUGUUUAUUUGACAAAGUGACAAAAACAGAAUUAAAGAAAGUUGUCUUAACCUGAUGUCCUCUUGACAUAAAGGGCCACCUCUCACCCCGGUACUGAUGCUCCUGCAGUCCAUGCUUGAACGGUCCGUCCUUAAUGAUGUCUUAAAGAGACAGUUCAUCCAAAAAUGCAAAUUCUGCAUUUAUUCAUUCCCAUGUUGUUCAAAACACUUUCUUCUGAAGACCACAGGAGAAGAUAUUUUAGAAAUGUUUUGAGUUCAUAAAAUGGAAGUCAAUGGAGUUCAGCGUUGUUCGGUUUGAAACAAAGAAAGUCAUAAAGGGUUGACAUGACAUGAGGAUGAAUAAAUGGUAAAAGAUUUUUAAUAGUUUUGGCUGAACUUGCCCUUAAAUGCUCAAGGUCAAGGUAUCUCUUUCUGGUGAAAUCAUGAUAUAUGAAAUCAAUUUCUUAAAGAUGCUAUGAUGUCAUUUUACGCUCAUACCUCUUCAUCUCUUUUCUUCAGUUUUGAGGAACAUUCACGACAGUGAAUUCAAAUGUAGAUGAGAAUGGAAUGAUUGGAGUCAGUCUGUAUUGUACAAUAGGGUGUGUAAAAGCGAGCAUCUGUAGAUGCUGUAUGUCACCUCGCGCUUUAAAUAAGGAGGCGACUUUAAGCCAAAGAUCUAGUGAGAAAACCGUCCGUUUGGAUGUGACACGCAGCACUUUACAGUGAUGUUGAUCCACCUGUAGGGGUGAAACAGUGAUGGUGACUGAUCACCUCGAAAACACCGGCAAUAACUCAGUCCUUUACAUAUACUGUAUACUGUUCUACAUGUUAAAUUGUCACUGCAGACCCAUUUGUAUUAUUCUGAGCUUUUCAUAUGGAUCCCCUUUAUAGGCCGAUGACCCUGGCGGAAAGCAUUGCGUUGCUGCAUGAAUUCACUCUAUUGUGGGCUUCUUAUUGCUCUGUAAGAAUGAAGUGUGAUUGUCCAAACCCAUAUGAAUAUAUAUUACAGAGAGCCUGCUGUGCUAUUUGUGCAUGUCUGCUACAAACCUUUUAUUUACUAUGCAAAAUAAUUUGUCGUACAAGGAUGAAACACUAGAAUAUGACUAUGAAAUCAGUUGUCCCAGUUCUGUGGGUUAGCCGUGAUCGACCGUUAUGCCACGUCUCAUCAGGAACUCGUUUGUUGCUUUUAUCCUAAAAAAGAACGAAUGUAUUUCCUUUGGUUGAAAAAUCACUCCUUUCGCAGAAGUAGAACACACACACAAACUCAGACGAGAGUCCACGUGUGAGGUUUUAGAGUGAUUUGAAACACUUGUAUUUUUGGUUUGUCAUUAGCAUCAUUACUGAUCUGCUGUUACCCAUACAAAUACACCAUGCCUACAGAAAAACCACAGAAGUAAUAAAAUCAGCAGUAUUUUA